UUUUGGAACCCAUGCCUUUUUUUAUUUAUAUUCCUUUUUCUCCUUUUUCUUUUAAUUAUUUUCUUCCCUCUUUACACAAAUCCCUUUUUCUUUUUUGGGAGAAUCAUAAAUAAUUCCCAAGGCUAGCAUAGCAGGUCUAUUUAUUUUUAUGCACUCUCCACUCAUUCCUUCUGUACCACACUCAUCAAAGUCUCAACCAUGAAAAAAUGUAUCAAUAUGGAAAGUGAUGCUAACUACAACACCAACACCAACACCAACAACAACAUCUUUGCCACAUCUUCCUCCUCUUCCACCACCACAACCCCUUCAACCAUCACAGACCCAAACACUUGUACCUCAACAUCUUCCACCUCAAAUUCAGAUUCAUGCACCAAAGCCAAAACCAAAACCAAAACCAAAACCCCUCAAAAUGACUCAACCACUUCUGAAGGCUCAUUGGAGAAUGGAAAGGACUCAAAGGGGUGCAAGAAGAGGCAGAGGGAGAACAACAACCACCCUACUUAUAGGGGUGUGAGGAUGAGAAACUGGGGAAAAUGGGUGUCUGAAAUCAGGGAACCAAGAAAGAAGUCAAGAAUAUGGCUAGGAACAUACCCUACAGCAGAAAUGGCAGCUAGGGCACAUGAUGUGGCUGCACUAGCCAUCAAGGGCCACUCAGCAUACCUCAAUUUCCCAGAACUGGCUCAGCAACUUCCAAGGCCACAAAGCACUUCACCUAAGGACAUUCAAGCUGCAGCUGCAAAAGCAGCAAACACUGCCUUUCAACAACAAGUGCUCCAUCAUUGUGAUGAAGAAGAAGAAGAAGAAGAAGAAGCAGAACCAUGCCAAGCAGAACAAGCCUCUUCUUCAUCUCUCUCAAUGGACAAUCAUAACACUCUAGAGGCUUCAAGCUCUCCCUCUACCAAUCAUGAUGAUGAUACCUUGUUUGACCUUCCAGAUCUUUUCCCUCAUGAUGGACUUUGCUCCUAUUCUUCUUCUUGGCAUUUGUGUGCAGUUGAUAGUGGCUUUAGGCUUGAAGAGUCUUUUUUUUGGGAGAAUUAUUAGAGCUUUUUUUUUUUUUUUUUUUUUCCAAGUAAAAUACAAAGUUAAAUAAGAACACAAGGAAAAAGAAUAACAUCCUGAGUUCUUUUUUUUGUCUUUUUUUUUUUUUCCUGUUUAGUCACUGCAACUGCAUUCUGCACAGAGAAUAACCAGUUGAAGAAGAGUUUACAUUUUUUUUAUCAGUAAAUGAGUGUGGUCUAUUGCUGUUAUUUUGUCCAAUAUAGUUUUUUUUCCCCCUCUUAUGAAGUCUUUGAGAACCAUAAAGUCUCA